AUGACAAUAUACCAAUAUGGAAAGACGAGUCCAACAUGUGAAAAUAGAUAUAUUAGAAUGGAUCCAUUUUCAAACUAUAGGAAUGUCCAUCCAAGUUGUCGCCAUCCUCAUCAUCGUCAUCGUAGACAAGAUAAUAAAUAA